GUGUCAUCCUCUUCCUCUUCCUUCUUUCUCUAAAAAAAGCUUCUUUGUGCUUAUAAAUACGCUACCCUCCGUCCCUCCGCCAGUUCCUCCGCCCGAUCCCCUUCCUCUCCCCACCCGACGAUCGCCCCCGCUCGUCCCACCGCGGUGGGCGAUCGCUCCUCUCCUCCGCGCGCGCGAUUCCUGAGGCGAGGCGAACCACACCAGAUUCCGCCCGCCGGCCGGCUCACCUCCCCGCUUCGCCGAUCGGAUCGCGUGCUCCAUGAGGAAGAGGUGACGAUAAAGCAUAGUUGUUGACUUAGCUUGCAGUGGUUCUUUCUUGAAGCUAAGCCAAAUAUUAAUUGGCGUUAUGGCAUAUCGAAUGGUAUGUGCUCCACAAGUCAUUGAUCUCGAAUCUGAGCGAGGGCAUCCUCAUGUUCAUUCUGAAAAUUUAAUUCGCAAUGGAAAUGAUUUGUCCGACCAAAGUGGUCAACAUGCUGUCAGAGUUGUAGGAAAUGCUGCGAACGUUGGUCUCCCUGAUAUGCAGGGUUACUACAAUAUGAGCAUGAAUCAUCCACAUCAACCUGUUCAUAAUUCUCCCCCGAAUUUAGGUGUUGAUUCAGGUCUUGUCCUCCCAUCAAGUAUGUACAACCCCUGCAUGUCAACAUCUAUGAACAGAUAUGUCUCUCAUGCUCAUAGCUUUGGAUUGCCUUUAAACCAAGCUGUCUCAGGAAGUAUGGGUGAGAGUACCAGAAAUGAAAAUGUUGGCGAAAGCGAAACUGCUAGAGGAUUCAUCAAAAGGAAAAAUGUUGCAGCUGCUGGAAGUUGUCAUUUUGUUAAUGGAUUUGCAAGCUCAAGUUCAUCCUCUCAUGCAUCUCAGAAUCCUACACAUAGGCCAUGGGAUCCUUCUUUUGAAUCAAAUGUUUUCCAUAAUGUCACACAAUUCAACCCAUCGGAGUACCAAAGUCGCAGCACUUGGCCAUCCGUGGAGGGAUCUUCCAUUACUGGAACCAGUGGGUUCAACUCAAUGGCUGCUCACCCAGAAUCAGCACAGCAUGGUAAUUAUACAUUUCAUCAAUCAAGUCACCCAAGUCAGUGCUUUCAACCUGCCACCAAUGCAUGGGUUUCCCAGUCUGCAAAUGGUAUUGCUGAAGGAGUACCACAUUGGGCAUACAUCAAUACAAUAACUAAUGUUCCAGCAGGCAGAUUUGCACAUUCAGGGGCCACAGAAAUAGUGAAUGGAGGCUUUCAUGAAUAUCAGAAUGGCCCUUCAACCAUUUCCCAAGGGCCUUUACCUUAUUUUCAUCAACACGCUGUGCAUAGCAUGCAAGCUCAUAAUCCGCUGGAUCAUACACGGAUGCAAAUCCCGUACCAACAAUGCCACAAUAAUGGCGUGUUACAUAGUGGGAUAAAUCAUUCUGGAAACCGGCUCCACUUGGGUCCAAGAACACCAGUUCUCUUCUCUAAUUCUGAGCGGUCUUUUGGGCCUCCACAACAUCCAUUCCUGGUGAAUCCAGUUAAUCAUAGGAAUGACGUAUAUGAUGCACAUUCAUAUAACUAUUGGUUGGCGCUGCAGCAGCGUGGUACAAUGAUGGAUUUUUCGAGAUUGUAUGAAGUGUCAAGUGUUGUAGAUGAGCAUAGCGAUAUGCGACUAGAUAUAGACAGCAUGACCUAUGAGGAGCUUUUAGCAUUAGAAGAGCACAUCGGAGACGUCAAUACAGGUCUGGCAAAAAGCCACAUCGUAGAUAAAUUGAAGACUAGCUUAUAUGUGCCAGGGACAUCAUGCAUGUCUCAUCAGUCAUCUGAGUCUUCCGCAGAAAAUGAGGCGUGCAUAAUAUGCCAGGAAGAGUACAGGGCUGCGGACUGCCUUGGAAUCCUGGAUUGUGGUCACAGAUACCAUGCGGAGUGCGUAAAACACUGGCUUACGGUAAAGAACCUAUGCCCCAUCUGCAAGACAACAGCUCUGUGUGCGGGUAGAAGAAGCGGAUAACGAGCAGGAACAAACUCACCAAGUUAUUUGCUUCCGACAACAAAACAUUCAACUCAAUUUUGUACAUAAAGAAGCGGUAGACCAUUCUGCUACCUGUAAUUUGUUGUUCGCUUAUUGUGAUUGGGGGAGUAACUCAGCUUCCUGAAACUGUACAGCCAUAACAUUGAUCGUUCUAUUCAAAUGUAGAAAAUGUUUAAAGUGACUCGGUUCGCCGUACAUGUGUAUCUAAAAGGAACUCUCAUAGUGGCCUGUCCAGAA